AUGGCCCAGCGGGCAGUGUGGCUCAUAAGCCGCGAGCCGGGAACUCCAUUUUGUGGCACCGUCAGAUUCUCCAGACGGUAUCCAACUGUUGAAAAACGAGCCAAAGUCUUCAAUGGAGCAAGUUAUGUGCCUAUUCCUGAAGAUGGUCCCUUUCUUAAAGCACUACUCUUUGAACUUAGAUUAUUGGAUGAUGAUGAGGACUUCAUAGAGAGUCGUGAUAGCUGUUCACACAUCAAUAAAACAUCCGUCUAUGGGCUCCUCAUAGGAGGUGGAGAACUCUGGCCAGUUGUUGCUUUUCUGAAGAAUAACAUGAUAUAUGCUUGUGUUCCACUAGUUGAACAAACUUUAUCCCCUCAUCCACCGUUAAUUAGCAUUAGUGGAAUUUCACAAGGCUUUGAACUUCUUUUUGGAGUACAGGAUUUUCUUUCCUUGAGUCAAAAAAAUGACACUGAGCUAAAUACAAAAUUGAACCAAUUACCUGAUUUGCUUCUACAAGCUUGUCCAUUUGGAACUUUGUUGGAUGCCAAUUUACAGAAUUCAUUGGAUAGUAUUAAUUUUGCUUCUGUGACUCAUUCACAAAAACAGCCAGCCUGGAAAGUUGGAACAUACAAAGGAAAACCACAAGUUUCUAUUUCUAUCACCGAAAAGGUAAAAUCCAUGCAAUACGAUAAACAGGAUAUAGCAGAUACAUGGCAGGUCGUUGGAACUGUCACUUGCAAGUGUGACUUAGAAGGAAUCAUGCCAAAUGUUACCAUCAGCUUGAGUCUCCCCACCAAUGGGUCUCCACUUCAGGAUAUUCUAGUUCAUCCUUGUGUGACUUCUCUUGACUCUGCCAUUCUGACUUCUAGUAGCAUUGAUGCAAUGGAUGAUUCUGCAUUUAGCGGACCUUACAAAUUUCCACUCACACCUCCCUUAGAGUCAUUUAACUUAUGCUACUAUACUUCCCAGGUCCCUGUUCCACCGAUUUUGGGUUUUUAUCAAAUGAAAGAGGAAGAAAUACAAGUAAAAAUAACAGUUAAUUUAAAACUUCAUGAAAGUGUGAAAAAUAAUUUUGAGUUCUGUGAAGCUCAUAUACCUUUUUAUAAUAGGGGUCCAAUCACACAUGUGGAAUACAAAGUGAGUUUUGGCCAGCUUGAAGUAUUUCGAGAGAAAAGCUCAUUGGUCUGGAUUAUUGGACAGAAGUUCCCCAAAUCAAUGGAAAUUAAUCUUUCUGGAACUGUAACUUUUGGAGCCAAGAGUCAUGAGAAGCAGUCAUUUGAUGAGAUUUGCAUUGGAGGUACAGCAUAUUUAAAGCUUCAUUUUAGGAUCUUAGAUUAUACACUCACUGGUUGUUAUGCGGAUCAGCAUUCAGUUCAAGUUUUUGCAUCAGGAAAACCAAAAAUAAGUACACACCGGAAACUAAUUUCUUCUGACUAUUACAUCUGGAAUUCUAAGGCUCCUGCUCCAGUAUCAUAUGGAUCAUUAUUACUGUAA